UGCUCAUUUUCAUUGGCACCAUUCUUAAAAUCAAUUAUCAUCUAUAAAUAGAUACCAGAUAGAACGUGCAACACUUUCUUCCCCCAAAGACAUUCAUUGCUAAGUAAAGACACACUCACUCAAGCGGCAAAACAGAGUAACGCCGAAUAACCCAAUAAACAAAGAAAUAAAAUGGCGGUAGCACACGGUGGUUACGACGGUGAAAUCGGUGGCUACAAUUCUCGUCUAAUCCCAUCAAUAAAACCAGAGUUAUUCAAUGACAGUGCAAAUUCCAGCUCUUACACCUACGACGACGUUUCAACCGAAAGAAAAGAAUCAGUACUAACCGAAGAAGAAGAAGAAGGUGCUACAGCUUCUCACGCAAUUCAUAUCAAAGAAGAAGUUCUUGAAGAAGACGACGGUGCUGCUCACGCUUCAUCUUCACUCAGGUUUCCAAAACCAAUGGAAGGGCUACAUGAGGUUGGUCCACCACCGUUUCUCAAGAAGACUUUUGAAAUGGUGGAGGAUCUGGAAACUGACCCGAUUGUUUCAUGGAGUGCUUCUCGUGAUAGUUUUGUUGUUUGGGAUUCUCAUGAAUUCUCCAAAAUUCUUCUUCCUAAGUACUUUAAGCAUAAUAAUUUUUCUAGCUUCAUUCGCCAGCUCAACACCUAUGGGUUUAGGAAGGUUGAUUCAGACCGUUGGGAGUUUGCAAAUGAAGGAUUUCAAGCAGGGAAAAAGCAUUUGUUGAAGAACAUAAGAAGGAGAAGCAAGUAUAACAAACUGCAUCAAGGAGGAUUCAAUUUGAUGAAUCCUUGCGUUGAAUCUGAAGUGGAGAAACUGAAAAAAGAUCAGAACAUGUUGAAAUUGGAAAUUCUGAAGCUAAGGCAACAACAAGAGAAUUCAAAUAUUCAACUCACAAAUGUUCAGGAGCGAGUUCGGCGUGCGGAAUCAAAGCAAUAUCAGAUGCUAUUUUUCCUCACCAAAAUGGCCAAAAGGCCAUUGUUUAUGGAGCAGAUAAUCCAAAAGAUAAAGCGAAAAGGAGAAGUUGAUGGUAAUAUAGACAUGGUUAAAAGACCUAGAUUGCUUGGAACACAAGGUACUAGUGUUGAUUAUAGGUGUCAGGGUCGUGAACAAUUUGCUACUUUGCAAUCUGAAUUGAAUGGACUUUUUCCUGAAAAUAUGAACACUGGUAGAAUGGAACCACCUGUUUCCACUCCCAUGGAAGAUGGGCUGGGUAGCUCUUUACAUGACUUGAGGGCUUGUGGUGGUUCUAGACAAAGUGUUCAAGAUGCGAAUUCUGCAUAUCAUGUUAUGUCAGAGAAGCUUUUGGGGGAAAAUUCGGUUGUUGAUGAAGAAAUGGAUGUGAAUGACUCUAAUAUCUAUCUUGAACUAGAGGAUUUGAUAAGUAAGCCAACAGAUUGGGGUGGAACUGCUAGUGGAUUAGUGGGACAAACUAGUUGAAUCUCUCAUCAAUGCCUUUUAAAUGAUUGCAAGAGCAUAUUCAGCUGCAACACCAGAUGAAGAGCUCAAUAUUAAUGGCUCUUCAGACUUCAAUACUGGCUUCAAGAGUGCAAGACCCAGGUUAUAUGACUAUGGGUCUAAGAUGUUCAUAUUGUGUUUACUUGUGUUCUUUUUGUUAUCUUUCAUUUUAUAGUUUAGUUUGUUAACAGGCCGACCAAAAAAAUUUGGUAUACCGUGCUUGCAUGAAGUCCUACAUAUUAGUUUGUAAAUGUACAGUAACAGUAAUAGUAAAUGGCGUGUAAGUUGUAUAUGUAAUACAGAAAAUACUAGCAGUAGCUAAACAAACAUCUUAUAAUGUACAGUAAUAACAAAUAGUGUGUAAGUUGUAGUAAUAUAGAAAAUACUUUCAGUUUUUGUUUUA